AUGUCAUCAUCAACACCCUCCGGCUCAAACUCAGACUCGACAUCAUCUUCAUCAAGAUCACUACCUGUCCCACAUGCUCACUUCAGCGCUCAAUCACAAUCUCGAUUCUCAUACGCUACGACCUCACCUCCUACUCCAGAUCCAGAUAGGUUAUUCUUUCGUCCACCUCAUGCAUCUCCUGAUCCAGAUGUCACGGCAAGUACACCGGACAGACAAGGUAAUAAUGCUUCGAUGGCCGACUUGGUAUUCGGCGAUAACGAUCGUAUUGGUCAGAGUGGUGGGGUAGCAGUAGGAUAUGGGAUGGAUCCUAAGAUGUUGGCUGAUAUGCUAAGUCCGCCUGAACCUUCAAGCUCAAGCUCGAGCUCAUCCAAGAGGAAGAAAGGAAAGGAGAAGGAAAAGAGAGUGAAGAAUAAGACAUCCAAUAACUCUGUAAAACAUCCAGUACGAGAAAGGAAUAAUCCAUCACCACCUAGUACACCUCCUCCAGUCCCACCUAAAAACCCCUUACCGCCAACCACCACACCCAAAUCGACACGAACCACAACAAGUCUCUCAUCAUCACUAUCACUUGGAUAUUCAGACACCACCCAUUCGCAUUCCCACUCUCAUUCUAGACAUUCUCAUUUUACCGAGAUCCAUUCACCUAAGAAAGCCAUUCAUGGUCGUAUGACAUCCGCUUCAUCUCAUCAAUUGAACCCCAAACCUUCUCUCGCAAGUUUAUCAAGUUUCUCACCAAGUCAACCCGAUUUUCAACCGAAUUAUCAGAUAUACUACGACCAAGGGGAGCAUGAGAGCCGUCCAUCGAUAUCAACGAAUUAUCCAAAUCCAUCCGAAUCAUUUGAACAUGAAAGCACUCUUGGUCACGGUAGAGAAAAGUUACAAGCUACUUUAGCAGCCUUACCAUGGGCUGAACCACCUCCUCGACUAUCAUCACCUAACAAGCUUAAUUCGCCAACAAGUGGGACUGGGUAUACUUCUUCGACUGUUCGAGCGGAAACUCCUCAGAGGACACCGACAUAUUCCUUCUUGGCUAAUGAUCCUUCGGUUUCGGCUUCUACGAUGCAUGAUAAUCACUCUAGAAGACCUAGUGCGACUUCAUCGAUCAAAAGUCAACUGACUAUGCCACCUAUACUUGAAGCUAGUAGUGGACUGUUACGGGGUUUACCACACUCACCCAGUCUAUGGUCCCAGUCUCCGUCUCAGUCUCAUGAUUCGUACAGAUCAUCUCAACAAAGUGGGUACAGCGGUAUGGCAAAAUUUCAACCUUCCAGUUCUUCUGACCCAAGUGGUAAAGAUAGUCAAACUUCACCGAUAUCUCAGGAUAUGUCAUCUCCCGGUAUAAUCAGCCUGAUGUCUAAUACUAGUUCAAACACUAAUCAGAGCGGUAGUGGUAAUCACGAUAGAUAUCCUAGUAUAGGUUCAGCAAUGGCCACCAAGACUUCUUCCUCAACAUCUCACUCGAAUGGAAAAUGGUCAUUUGUCUGUCGGUCCGGAUCAAGUUCGACGACCAAGUCCUCACGGAGCAAAUCAUUCAAAUCAAUCCAUUCUGCCAAAUCGUAUGAUUCCAAAAGAGGAUCACUCAGUACGUUAGGAGGUCAUGGAGGUAGAUAUGUGUUGAAAAGAUGGGAGGUGAUACAGAAUUUUUCGAGUAUCAAUUCGAGUAAUCAGCAUUGGGAGGUGUUGGAUGGAGAGGAAGUGAGGAAGAAGGAGAAUCAAAUGGAUUUGAGGUCGUUAGUGGGUAGAGCUUGGGUAUUGGAGAGGGUUCUAAGGAGUGGGAAGAGGGUAUCCUCGCAGUCUUUAAAGAUUCUACGUCCCUUCACACCCUCAUCAUCUGCUACAUCAUCCCCCAUGCCUACCAGACCGCAUUUACCCCACUUACCAUCGAAUUCCAUAUCAACCACCAAAUAUCGUCCGUCCUUAUCUGCCUCGGUGUCAGUCGACCCUUCUCGCAAAUCUUCCCUACGGCACUCUCACACUCCCGGUAACAAACAUUCCCCAAGGAGUAAAUCAACAUCCAGUUCCAAUACUGGUGCGAGUAAAUCCAAGUCUCAUAAAGAUAGAAGAGGAUCGGUACCUUCCAUAAGAUUGAGAUUGGGAAAGAAACUACGAAGAACUGAAAGUAGGGAAGAUAUCUUUACUGAGAUAGGUUCGCCAGAGCAAGGGGGAAGUAGGAUUCACAGUCGUGAUAACUCUGUUGAUUCUCAUGAUCGCGCAGAGCGGGAUUAUCCAAGUGUUCCUUCACCCAAACGUAAAUCCACGUCUGAGAAGGAGAAGGGGGAAGAUAGAGUAGGUGGCAAAGGUGUGAUUGUUUUUCCCGAGGAAUUAUCUUCAUCGUCAAAUGAUAAUAUACAUAACAAUGAAAAGAAAGAAUCACCACCCUUACCACCUAAAGACCAUCAAUAUGGGAAGGAUCGAUGUGGAUGCACCACACCGAAUUGCUUUAAUAUCUCACCUACCUCGCCUACUCCAUUAUUACCGCAUCCUGAUCCGACGUACCACAUUCAUGCCAGAUCCAGUCAUUAUGAUCAUUCGCAGGCAAAUUCGAAUCCCAAUUUUCUUAACUCAAAUAGUGACACGGAAGGGUACGAUCCAGAAAAAGGCGAAGGAGAUGUAGUACUUCGUUAUUCACCACAAUCACCUCAUUUAGGUCAUCGAUCACCCAAUUGGAGAAAUCGACAAUCAGUCAUAUCAUACAUUGAGACAGGGGUAUGGGAAGAGAAACCUAAAAAUCGUUUCAAAAUUCUUAUAGGGGUAGGAGCUGGGUUGGUGGUUGUGCUGAUUGUAGGAUUGUUGGUGGGAUUAUUGGUGAGAAGGAAAGAACAGAGUGAUUGA